AUGAAGCAGCAUCAGGAGCUGCCAAAGUCAUCCCGUGAUUCACAGUACCGGAGCCAGCACAAGAGCAGAGCAGUGCUCUCAAACAAUGAAUUCAAGCCACGGCAAAGUUUGCUUCAGGCCACGGGGCUGGGCGGAACGACGGGCGCGGGCCACAGCUCGGAUCAGAUCGAGAGCAUGGAGCCGGUGAGGGAGCGGGUCAUCAGGGUCACGUUCAACGCGGACGUGCAUUCCAGCAUCCAGUGGAACUUCAAACCCCAGCAGAGCGAGAUCUACGUGGUACCAGGAGAGACCGCACUGGCAUUUUAUAAAGCGAAAAAUCCUACUGACAAACCAGUAAUUGGAAUCUCUACCUACAACGUAAUACCCUUUGAAGCAGGACAGUAUUUCAAUAAAAUACAAUGUUUUUGCUUUGAAGAACAGCGCCUAAAUCCUCAAGAGGAAGUGGACAUGCCCGUCUUUUUCUACAUUGAUCCGGAAUUUGCAGAGGACCCUAAAAUGGCUAAAGUUGAUUUGAUCACCCUCUCUUACACCUUUUUUGAAGCAAAGGAAGGACAGAAGUUACCACUUCCUGGAUAUCAGUAAUGGGCAAUGUCUACACAACUUGACUUCUGCUCUCCAACCACCAGUUCUGAAACCAUUUUUUCAGCAGAAGGAAAAACUGUAGGAGGACUGUGCAAUAUGAAAUUAUAUUGUAAAACCACCGUGGGCACAUGCUGCUGUUAGGAAAGGAUGUAUUUCUAUUUUUUUAAAAAAAUCUUACGUAGUUGGAAUAUUAUUUCUUAGGGAUAGUAUUUCUUCAUCAGACAAUAGAAGGGAACACACUGUUGAGUGAGUUGAAAGAGAGAGGGUUUUCUCAAGCCAUCUUUUUAUAUGAUACAUGUUACCUGAAUACUGUGAGGCACAUUUUUAAACCCAAGUGUAAAUUGAGAUCUUUAUUUAAAUACAGAGGAGCAAAUCAGUUAAUGAAGCAGCUAAAAUUGCAUUGCUGGCUCUGAAGAGUAACUUCCAUGUAAGUUACUGUAUAAAAAGGUAAAACCAGGUAAUCAGUUCAUGGAAUCUCAGAACUAACCAAAGUUAGACUGUAUUGCUAUGUAACCCUCCCAUGGCAUGGGAGGAUACGAUGAUUCAGAAGAUGAUGCACCCUCUCAAGUUAUUACUGAAUCAGUAGUUCAUCUGGUAAGAGCAGACUGCUCUCAAACUGUUACCAUUUAAUGAGGAACAGUAAUUUAAAUGAAAGCAUGUCAAAUCUGGUACGGUUUCCAUUUAGAAAUACCAUCUUCACAUUUCAAUGUUUUGUUCAACUCACUUAAAAUAUCUGUACUGCUAAUGACUGCGUUCUCACUCCUCAUGGGGCUGCGCACCAGGCACCUCUACACAGAGACAAGCUUGGCUUAGGUAUGAAAUGCGUUGAGGGGAAAGGCAGUGCAUAAACAACUGCUCUGAACUGCAGGCUAAAUGAGUAGCACAGGAUUCUCCUCAAAAACCAAAAGGAACCCAAGCCCAUUCAGAGGUUAAGUCCAUCAAAGCCUGCCCAGAAGCGUGUCACUUGUUCAGAGGUCCUCCUAGGUGCUCUGUUUACCAUCAGAAGCCUGUAUUUACGUAACUUUUGGUCAUUAUCUGUAGGGUAGGCAUAAUGACACUUUAUCAUAGCUUUGCAAAUGAGGAGUGAGUUGCAGAGCAAGUUUAGGUGACCUACUCCUUUUCAGAUAGGGAUUAAUCUCAGGCCAGCAUCUCGUGCUAGGCCAGUUCUUUCUACCCCUUUCAACAGAUGAGAUCUAACAAAGUAAGACUGUUAUUGGUUUGUUUGGACUCUAAAAAGGUAAUGGGUAUGUCAGAAAUAACUUCCAGUUUAGUCUCAAUUAUGUUUGCAUAUCAUAAUUUAAAAAGUGCUUUUUUGAAAAUAAAUGCAUGUUACCUUAAAAUGCAUUGUUGUACCAAUUACAUUUGUUGUUUAAAUAGAUUCUGGAUGACA